UUCUCUACCAUCUACUGCGUUCAACAUAAUUCAUAAACCCAAACCCUCUUUCUUUCUAUACCAUCUCCUGCAUUCUUGAUAAUUCAUAAACUCAAGAAACAUUCAUGGAGGAUACACUUGUUCUCAUCAAGCAUGCUAACUUCAUACCAGAAGAUUCAUCGACAAGAAGACGUAAUCAAAGAAUGUUAACAACAGAAAACAAUCAAUACCUGCGAAAGAUAGAAGAACUGGCUAAUGAUAUGUUAAGAUUCUUUCGCGAUAAGGAGUUAAAAAACAAGUCAAACGCUAUGUCCGUUGUGAAGGAUGAGGUAAGUGCUGAGCGGUUAAGAAAGUCAAAGGGGAAGCGUCCGCGGUCAACAACGUCCGUUGUGAAGAACGUGAGUAAAAAACGAAAGGUACCAAAGAAGUCCGAAGACCGUCCACCGGUGGUGAUCAAUGAGGUAACCGAGCAAUUGAAAGAGUUUAUUGUGAACGAGAUGAAGGGGACGGACGUGAAACUCGUGAUUCAGAAGACGUUGUACACGUCAGAUACACUCAAAACUCAAAACAGGUUAAACAUGCCGCUUAAUCAACUGGAGACGGAUGAGUUCUUGACGGAGGAUGAAAGAACGAUCAUUGAGUCGGUUGUUCCAAAAGAGAACACGAUUGAGGUUUCGUUGUUGGGGCCAACGUUGGAGAUGUACGAGUUGAAGAUGGAACUGACGAUGUGGCACUUGCUUAGAACCAAGAACUACGUGUUGAAGACAAAUUGGCACCGGUUCUGGUUCGAUAAUAAACGACAUUUGAAGGAGGGUUCAAAGAUUCAAGUAUGGUCGUUUCGUAGAGAUCAACAAUUGUGCUUUGCAAUCACGUGUGUGGAGAAACCAGGCGACGUCUUUUAAUUUUUUUUUUAACGGUUAAACUUUUAUUAAAACGACUAGCAAGAAAUAAACUAGCUAGAAACUAUCUGAGUCAAUCGAAACUCAAAACAAAUGAUACGACCCGCACCACAAAACCUGAUAGCCUCCGACCCAAAAAAAAAAUUAAUUAGUUGAUUACAUUUUGAUUAUUAUAUUUGAAGCUUUAGACAUUCAAUAUAAUUCAUUUGUAUAUUUUCUUAAAUAUCUGUUAUGAACUUAUGAAGAAAUAAUUGGAUUGUUGAUUCGUUUUAUUUUCUGGUUGCUGAAUUCACCAAUUGUAUCCGUUGAUAAAUUUUAAUUUUAUAUUUC